UCCUUCCUCCGCAUCCUCGUCCUGCGACCGCAUCGUGCAGCAGCUGCCCGUUGGAGCCGCCUCAGGACAAGGACCACCGCUCACCAUGGUGAAGCUGGGCUGCAGCUUCUCUGGCAAGCCGGGCAAAGACCCCGGGGACCAGGACGGGGCUACCACGGACAGCGUCCCUCUGAUCAGCCCCCUGGAUGUGAGCCAGCUCCAGCCGCCUUUCCCUGACCAGGUGGUUAUCAAGACGCAGACGGAGUAUCAGCUUUCCUCCCCGGACCAGCCAAAGAAGUUCCCUGACCUGGAGGCCCAGAAGCUGGCCUGUAACCACCCAGAGGAAGGGCGCAGGCUGCCCACAGCGCGGAUGAUCGCCUUUGCCAUGGCGCUCCUGGGCUGUGUCCUAAUCAUGUACAAGGCCAUCUGGUAUGACCAGUUCACCUGCCCGGACGGCUUCCUGCUUCGGCACAAGAUCUGCACCCCGCUGACCCUGGAGAUGUACUACACCGAGAUGGACCCCGAGCGCCACCGCAGCAUCCUGGCGGCCAUCGGGGCCUACCCGCUGAGCCGCAAGCACGGCACCGAGACGCCCGCGGCCUGGGGGGAGAGCUACCGCGCCGUCAAGGAAGGGCCCAAGGCGCCCACCCAGGCGGGCGCGGCGGGGGCGGCCACCGAGCCCCCCAGCAAGGUCUCGGCGCAGGGAGAGAAAGAGGCAGCGGCGCAGGGAGAGAAAGAGGCAGCGCAGAAGGCCGCUGGCAGCGCCCCGCCCCCGGCCCCCCAGUGA